AGGAGGAGGAGGAGGAGGAGGAGGAGGGCUGCUGCUGCGCCUCGCCAGCGGGCAGCGCGGCGGACCGGGCCGGGGAGCGGUCGCGGCGGGAGGCGGCGGUGCCCGCCCCGGAGCGGCGGCAGGAGGACGGGAGGGAAGGACGCACUGACAGAGCAGGCAGCAGCAGGCACGCCAGGCGAAGAUGUCGGGUCAGACGCUGACAGAUCGCAUCGCAGCUGCUCAGUACAGCGUUACGGGAUCAGCCGUAGCCAGAGCCGUCUGCAAAGCCACCACGCAUGAAGUGAUGGGGCCCAAGAAAAAGCACCUGGACUACUUGAUCCAAGCAACUAAUGAAACAAACGUUAAUAUUCCUCAGAUGGCUGAUACGCUUUUUGAGCGAGCAACAAAUAGUAGCUGGGUGGUUGUAUUCAAAGCUUUAGUUACCACGCAUCAUCUAAUGGUUCAUGGCAAUGAGAGAUUUAUUCAGUACCUGGCAUCUAGAAACACAUUGUUCAAUCUCAGCAAUUUUCUGGACAAAAGUGGAUCUCAUGGUUAUGACAUGUCCACCUUUAUAAGGCGUUAUAGUAGAUACUUGAAUGAAAAAGCAUUUUCCUACAGACAAAUGGCAUUUGACUUUGCGAGAGUGAAGAAAGGAGCUGACGGUGUAAUGAGAACAAUGGCUCCUGAAAAGCUGCUGAAGAGUAUGCCAAUAUUACAGGAACAAAUUGAUGCACUACUUGAAUUUGAUGUUCAUCCAAAUGAACUCACAAAUGGUGUCAUAAAUGCUGCAUUCAUGCUUCUAUUUAAAGAUCUUAUCAAACUUUUUGCUUGCUACAAUGAUGGGGUUAUUAACUUACUAGAGAAAUUUUUUGAAAUGAAAAAAGGACAAUGUAAAGAUGCUCUUGAAAUCUACAAACGAUUUCUUACUCGAAUGACCAGAGUAUCAGAGUUUCUUAAAGUUGCGGAGCAAGUUGGAAUUGACAAAGGCGAUAUCCCUGAUCUUACGCAGGCUCCUAGCAGUCUCAUGGAGACCCUUGAGCAACAUCUAAACUCACUGGAAGGAAAAAAACCUGGCAACAACGAAGGAUCUGGGGCUCCUUCUCCUCUGAGCAAGUCUUCUCCAGCCACAACUGUUACAUCUCCUAGUUCUACUCCAGCGAAAACUAUUGAUACAUCUCCUCCAGUUGAUCUUUUUGCAACUUCUUCUACAGCUGCUCCAGUCAGCUCUUCCAAACCAUCCAGUGACCUUCUGGAUCUUCAGCCAGAUUUUGCUGCGACUGGACAGGUGGCUCCAGCAGCCCCUGCUGGAGCAACUUCAUGGGGAGACCUCUUGGGAGAGGAUAAUCUGGCUGCACUUUCUGGAGUUACCUCUGAGCCACAGAUUUCAGAUCCAUUUGCCCCAGAGCCUAGUGCAACUACUACUGCACCUACUGAUACUACAACUACUUCAGCUGCUGGUGCUACAACUACAACUAUUACUGCUGCCACUGCUGAAGUGGAUCUCUUUGGAGAUGCCUUUGCAGCUUCUCCUGGGGAAGCCCCUGCAGCAGCUGAAGGGGCAGCAGCACCAGCUACCCCAACCCCCGUAGCAGCAGCUCUUGAUGCAUGUUCAGGAAAUGACCCCUUUGCCCCAUCCGAAGGUAGUGCAGAGGCUGCUCCUGAGCUGGACCUCUUUGCUAUGAAGCCAACAGAGACUGCUGUUCCUGUAGUUACCCCUACAACUAGUGCAGCCACUCCAGUUCCUGCAACAACUCCUUCUCCAGCUGCUGCUGUUGCUGCUGCUGCUACUGCUACUACAGCUACUGCCACUACCACUACUGCCACCACUUCUGCUACCGCCACCACCUCCGCUCCUCCUGCUCUAGAUAUCUUUGGUGAUUUAUUUGAGUCUGUUCCUGAUGUACCUGCAGCGCCUAAACCAGAUGCUACUCCUAGCAUAGAUCUCUUUGGUACAGAUGCUUUUUCAUCUCCACCACAUGGAGCUUCGCCUGUGCCUGAGAGCUCUCUCACUGCUGACCUCUUAUCUGUGGAUGCAUUUGCAGCCCCCUCUCCUCUACCCACUGCCUCUCCAGCAAAGGUGGAUUCUUCAGGUGUGAUUGACCUAUUUGGUGAUGCUUUUGGAAGUAGUGCUUCUGAACCCCAGCCCGCAACCCAGGCUGCUUCUAGUUCCUCAGCUUCUGCAGACCUACUAGCUGGCUUUGGAGGUUCUUUUAUUGCUCCCUCUCCAUCACCGUCCCCAGUCACUCCAGCUCAAACCAGUUUACUACAGCCUAACUUUGAUGCAGCUUUUGGGACAACAGCUCCAACGACUGGCAGUUCGUUUGAUGCAUCAGUGUUUGAUGGCUUAGGUGAUCUUCUUAUGCCAACUAUGGUUCCUUCUGGUCAGUCUGUAGCACCUUCAGCCACAGCCACAGUCACUGCUUCAGCAGCAAGCAAAGGCCUCGGGAGUGAUCUUGAUUCAUCUCUUGCAAACUUAGUAGGCAAUCUUGGAAUUUCUGGUACCACUUCAAAAAAGGGAGACCUUCAGUGGAACGCUGGAGAGAAAAAGUUGACAGGAGGAGCCAACUGGCAGCCAAAAGUAGCACCUGCAACAUGGUCGACUGGUGGUGUCCCAAGUGGUCCAUUGACGGGAGCCGUUCCUCCAGCAAGUGCUGUUCCUGCCACAGGAGGUACUCCACCUGUCCCACAGCCAGGAGCAGCAUUUGGGAUGCCCCCAGCAGGCACGGGCGUACCUAUGAUGCCCCAGCAGCCAGUUAUGUACGGGCAGCCUAUGAUGAGGCCACCAUUUGGAGCUGCCACUGGCCCUGGUGUACAGCUGCAGUUUUUCUGACUGGAUGAUAAAAACGUGAGUUUGGAGUCUACAAACAGAUGCUCAGAGUUUCAAAGUGAGCCACCAGUACCAAACCCAGCGCUUACUCAGACUUUCUCUUCCUCCUGAAACGUGUAGCACAGCUGUGAAAGUGAACAUUAGGAAUGUGUACUACCUUAGCUGUUAUCCCUACUCUCUCAAAAUUUGUGUACUUGGGUUAUUUGUGUUUUACGAUUUAAACAAUGGAUGUAUGUUUCUGAUGCCUUCUAGUGCUUUUCUGAACCUAUCCGACAGGGGCAGAUUAUGCAGCUGUUGUUUGGUGAGCCAUUUGGAGCGAUGUCUGUGGUUUUUGAAGGUUUCAAUGUAUAUAACUUUUUGAGGACACCUAAAAUUUCCCUAGGACUCAGUUUCUCCUUUAUCUGUUACAAAACAUAGUGUGAUAAUACCAGAUAGUAAGGAAAAUACUUAGGAAAUUGUGUGGAAUACAUGUUUUGUUUUGGUUUGGUUUUUUUUCCAAUCACAGGAAUCUCAAUUGUCGUGAAAAAAGGUUUUAUUUUUGUGGCACUGUAUAUGUUAAGAUAAUUUAAAGUAAUAUAAAAGUAAACUUCCAUAACAAAUACUUUUUCGAUGAUUUACCAAGAAUGAAAAAUCAUAUCUGAAAGAAUACCAUAUUUAUUGCUGGUUUUAUUUUUAAAUCCAUUUUAAUUAUUUAAGUUUUUGCCUUUAAAAUUGGCAUAUUUAUUAUUUCUUGCAAAAUGCACUGAAAAUAAGUAAAGGGUCAGUUUCUCUCCAUGUAGUUGGAAAAAGCAACCAUAGUUGUGCUGGCAUUAAGGGACUUCAUAUACGAGAGCACUCUUUGGUAUAUCUGUAGUCAAAACAUUACAAAUGAUGUUACUCAUCUCUGUUCAGUUCUUACGUACAUCUCUUAAUUUAGUGCUUACCUGUGUAUGCCUUAGGCUAGUGUUUUCUCCAUUGCACCGAAUGCUCUGUGAGUAGCUUUUGUACUAUUGGUGAUUAGAUUUAAUUCUGAUCCAGAGAUCCAUGCCCUUUACUGUACAUACUGUGUUUCUUUAAUUUUUAUUUGUUCUCAUACUGUUUCUGCUGAUGGCUUGGCGUAAGAUCUUGACUCUUCAGUGAGGUCACUGUUGAUCAGUGUUACAAGUGGCUUGGCAGUUCUCUGUAAAAAAAAUAUUGGGUUGGAAAGAUAUUCACCUAAAGUCUUUCAAAUGAACUAUUUAAUCAAUGUAUGGUACCAUUAAAAGUGGUUGUAUCUGAAUUUGCUGUGGGGAUAACAUACACCGUAAUGGGAAAGUUCUAUAAAAAGCUAAUUUCAAAAUGGCUCUUCUUUGUAUUUCAGUUAAAAAAAAAAAAAAAACACAACAACAACAACAAAAAAAAACAACAAAACAAAACAAAAAAAAAAAAAAAAACAAACCCCCAGUGCAUGUGUGCCCUCUGAGAUGCAAUAAACACCUUGAUCAAAGUACA